GUCUCUGGUCGCUGCUCUCCACUUUCGUUUUGCUGUCCAGUCUUGUAACCGUCUUUUGGUCUUUCUUAUUUCUUGCGCUUGUAGAUUCUGCAUAUUAUCUCUAAGGAAUGGAAUAUUUUCUUAAUAUAGAUAAAACAGCAGCAACUAUCGUCUGUCAAAUAGAGCUAGAAUAGUUUUAUGUUAUAAGAGGAUAACUACAAUUACGAUACUGCAAGUUUUCGGAAGUUACGGUGAUAGUAGCUAGCUAUCGUUCUGGCUGUGUGUGGACUGCCAAUGGCGUGUGCAGAGACAUCAGAUUACAGAGUAGGAGAGGUCCUGCUGAAUAGAGUGAUGCAGGAGCAGCUGGAUGAGGUGCCAUCAGACGUCCCGGUAGUGGUCUCCACAAAAACCCAGGAGGUGGAGAGUGAUCAGGAGCAGAAGAUUGUGUCACAGCUAGCUGUGAUGAUACGGACCAUCGGAGACGCCGUCAAGAAGGACGGGAAGCUGGACGAUGCGAUAGAUGGAAUGGUGGGGAAAAUGACCAGCCAGACCAGCUACUGGAAGUUGGUAGAACAGGUAUUUGAGGACAGUCAAAUCACCUGGGAGAGAAUUGCUGUGCUGUUUUACGUAGCAGGGAGGAUAGCCGUCAAGGUGGUGAUUGCUAACAUCCCCCAGUUAGUGAAGGACAUACUGAAGUGGACUCUGGACUACUUCAGAAGAGAAUUACUGGAUUGGAUCCAGAAACAUGGAGGAUGGAUGAACAGUUUUGCUGAGCUGGCACGUGUGCAGGUGGAGAAGAUGUCCCCUAUGAGCACCUGGUCCUCAGCGUUCAUCCUGGUCUUCCUCGGAGGUGUCAUACUGGGUAGUGUUAUCACCUGGAAACUGGCCAGGAGGACCUGACAUACACACACACACACAUACAUUUGUUUACGUAGUCUAUGUAUUAUUAGUUACCUACCUUCUGGUUUGCUCAGGAUAAAUAAGAUGACCAGAUGCUGCUGAAAGUGGUGUUGGAGAGCCAGUAGGAGCCAAUCUUUUCUCUGGUAAAAACAAAAAAGAGAUCCCAGUGCAAAGAUUGGGGGCAUUCCCCCGUGUAGGGUGCUGUCUUUUGGAUUGGACAUUAAAACAUGUCCUGACUCUCUGUGGUCAGUAAAGAUCCCAUGGCACAUAUUGUAAGAGGGGUGUUAACCCUGAUGUCCUGGCUAAAUUCCCAAUCUGGCCCUCAUACCAUCACGGUCACCUAAUCAUCCCCAGUUUACAAUUGGCUCAUUCAUCCCCCCCUCCUCUCCCCUGUAACUGUUCCCCAGGUGGUUGCUGUAAAUGAGAAUGUGUUCUCAGUCAAACUUACCUGGUAAAAUAAGGCUUAAAUAGAAUAAAACUCCUUUUUAUCAGUGCCUUCAAUAAGUUAUUACACCCCCUGGACUUUUUCCACAUUCUGUAGUGUUACAAAGUGGGAUUAAAAGGGAUUUAAUACAUUUUUUUGUCAAUGAUCUACACAACAUACUCUAUCUCUGCACUUAGCAAAAUAGUGUAAUCUGCACUGCUAUUUUAGUCUGUUAAUCAGUUAGUCUGACUUUUCUCUCAUUGAUUUAAUUGACUUAUUUCAGUAAUUUUAGGGUUUUCUGUGUAGUUGUCUAAUGUUGGUGUGGCAAAUUAUUCUGUUUUAAACACCAUUAUUGCACACACAAUGAGUCCAUGCAACUUAUUAUGGGACUUGUUAAGCACAACUUAUUUAGGCUUUCCAUAACAAAGGGGUUGAAUACUUAUUGACUCGACAUUUCAGCUUUUCAUUUUUUAUUACUUAGUAUAAAAAAAAUCUAAAAGCAUAAUUCCACUUUUUACAUUAUGGGGUAUUGUGUGUGGAUCAGUGACACAAAUUCUCAAAGUAAUCCAUUUUUAAAUUCAGGCUGUAUCACAGGAGUGUGAAUACGUUCUGAAGGCACUGUAUAUAUUGACCUACAGUAAUGAAACCAAAGUGUUGGGGCAGAGCUCAGUACAUUUUGUCUCACUACCCUUACGGGGAAAAAAUACAUUAAUUUCACGUGAUCACGUGUUUAACAUGUGAUCUUAUGGGAAGUUAAUGUGAUAACAUGUGACUACAUGUUAAAGCAACACGUGAUAUGAAAUUGCAAAAUAUCAACAAGUGAUACUAUGAAACUACACCUCACAACAUUUGAAAGUCUUUCACAUGUGAAACUGCAAUUCACAUGUGAGGUGAAAACAUGAUAUUCUCACAUAUGAAAGGGUGGUGUGAACUCUAUUGAAUACAUGUGAACAAAUGGUUUCACAUGAGAACAACUGAGCUCGCAUGUCUGUUUUUGUUUUCAAAUGUGAAAAUUUCAGCUCAACAUGUGAAGUUAUUUCACGUGUAAAUAUGAUUUCAAAUGUGAAAAUGUGAUUUUCACAUGUGAAACUGCAACAAAAAUGUAUAUCAUAUGAAGUGUUCCAAAACCACAUGGUUUCACAUGUGAAAUAAAAUGUUGUGUGCAAAAUCUGGUAAUGUCACAUGUGAAAUCAUGUGUUUUUGUCCUUAAGGGUAUAUCAUCAUGUUUGUUGGUAUCCUGCUAGACCAGGGUAUCUGUGCCUGAAAUGAGAAACCAGUGUAAUGAGAAACGAGUGUAAGCAUAACAGACAGCCAAGCAUCAUGUUAUGUGAUUGGUUUUAACAGAAAGGUCAUUUUUCAAUACUAUAUUAUACAGAAAUAACACAUGAAUACCGAUUGAAUCUUUUUUAAGUUUAUGAAAAUGUAUGAAACAUGUAUUUUGAUAACAAAAAAAACGUCUGGGACGUUUGACUUGAAUGUAAUGUAUUAAAUGGGACAUUUUAUUAGGAUAAACAAAAUAAAUAUGAGUUGACGAUGUUUAUUCUGCAAUAAUCAUGUUAACUAUUACCCCUAAAAGUCCUCAACAUGAGUCAGUCAGUCAGCUCCAUAAUAUCAGUCGUGAUAGUAAUUGUUAGCUAAAUGUACCCAAAAAAAUGCACAGGACACAAAUAGAAAAUUUUGGCAUAAGCUUUUAAUAUUUUUAUAGCGUUUUUGACGUUUUCUCUUUAAAUUGGAUUUGUUUUUUUCCAGUUAAUUUUGUGGGUAUUUCGUUUUAUUAUUCUUGUUUUAUUUUCCUAUCUGUAAUGGAGAAGAGUUUAAGUUUAAUUAGCAUUCACUUUCAAACUUUCAUACUUUUAACAAUAGAACUGUGUUUAAGUCUCUUUUUUUCACAAACUUGGUUAAAUUAUUACUGUUUAUUCAUUUUUUUCUUUACACAUUUCAAAAAUAUAAAAGGUAAAUAAUAAACAUUCCAUUGAAAUAUA